ACACGUAGGCAAACGUGUGGGACCCACCUUAUUUUUUUUUUCCGGACCCCGUGGGCUAAAUAAAUGGGCUUCGUGUUUGUUCAUAGCUAUUGAAUGGGCUUAAGGGUUGCUCCUGCGUUUUGGUAAGAAGAAAGACCGAGCCCUCGGCUUCUUCCAGAUCCUUCACCUAUGGUCGAUUCCUCUUCGGUCUUAUCGGAUUAACUCGAUCUUUAUGGCUGUCUUAAGUUCCUCGGACGACGAAACGUCAACCUCUAACGCAUCCAGAAGAUCCUAUAUAUAGGUUCUUCAUGAAAUCAGUCGUUAACGCCGCUGCCGCCGCCGCCGUCGGCAACCCCACGUUUUACUCUCUUCGUCUCGGAAGAUCUGCUUAAUCUGUUGUUGGUCGACUCAUCCGGUUUUGGGAUUCCCGCAACGUCAGCAAGAACGGAGAGUUUAUGGGGAUAACAAUUCUACUCCUCGAUGAAUUAGACUCAGUGAUUCAUGGUUUCAUUCCAGCUAAUCGGGCCAACCAUUACCGGUCCUCUUUGAAAACCGGUUCUAUUGUCAGAUUGGACCGUUUUGACGUGGCAAGGGUGGGUCACACGUAUAAGAUUACUGAGCAUCAGUACGUCAUCCGGUUCAUUCCUUCAACGCGUGUUGUUGAGGUCCAAACGGAUGCCCCUGUGAUCAAGAUGGACAAGUUUAUGGUUAGGCGUUACGAACAGCUUCAAGUGCUUGCGAACACCAGUUUAGAGCUACCAGAUGUUGUUUGUGAGAUAAAAUCUGUGCAGGGGUCCGAUCUCAAGAACCAAACAGCCAGAAGCAGGGUUGUUGUCCGCCUAUUAAUUGAACCGAACAUGACCGUGUUCAUGUCUUUAUGGGAUGAGGCUGCAUCAGCUUUUAGAGGUCUCUUGAAAGCUGGGGAUAAAUCACAGUCCGUGAUGUUGGUGACCACAGUUAAUCCUAAACUCUUUGGAGGGAAUCUGUAUCUCAAUUCCACACAAGGGACUAGGUUCUUCUUUGACACCAGUAUCUCUGAAAUAGCAGAGUUUGUUAGCAGCAUUGGAGCUACACCACCUCAAGAUUAUACAUGUGUCGACACGCUUGAAAGAGUCAAGAAAAAGGAGCUUGUGUCAAUAGGGGAUCUCAACACAUUCAUCUCGAACUCUAACGAACAGACCCAAGAAGCUGAUUUCCUCUGCAAAGCCCAGAUUAUUGGUGUCAUUCAGGAAAAUGGGUGGUUCUUUGUGUCCUGCACUGGUUGCCACAAAAAAUUGGAAAAACGUGGGACGUCAUUGGACUGCAGCAGAUGUGCAACUUCUGACGUGACUGGUGUUGUUAGGUUCCGCGUUGAGCUUGCUGUUGAUGACGGCAAAGAUAGCACAACGUUUGUUGUCUUCGAUAAGGAGAUGAACAAGCUCACCAAACAGGAAGCUGCUGUGCUUGCCCUGGAUGAGGUUUCAAACGGUGGAGAGGAGUAUCUCCCAAGUUGUCUUGAAGAGCUAUCAGGGAAGGAGUUUGUGUUUCAGAUCCGUGUAACACCUUUCAACUUCACUCCCAAUCACCGUACCUUCACCGUUGCCACCAUCUCUGAAGCUAGCGAGACACACUCUGAGAACAGUGGAGUUGACACAGGAUUGGAAGCUUCGUCUUCGGGCCCGUCUGUUUUGGGAGUCAAGAUUAGUGAAGAACGUGCAUCAGGCAAUAAUCCAGGGAAUGAAGGCGCUCAGCAGAGACGCAAGCGUGGCCGUGAGUAAUUGGGAAAACAUAUUCCUACAAACCCGUCAUCAGUCUUAUUUGUCUUUUUUU